GAGCUGAGGACCAUUUCCUCUUCUGAGCUCUCUCCGUGAAAUAAUUUCCGAGUGGGUGAAGGUUUGAGGGAAUAGUUCCGUUCCGUUCCGUUAGCGUGUGGGGAGUCUGCUAAAGUGCGCCAUGAGUUUACUGGAGAAGCUCUGGGAUGAUACAGUUGCCGGCCCCCGGCCCGAUAGCGGGCUCGGGAAACUCAGAAAACAUCCGACCUUUAACUUCCGACCGAACGCCGGGAAGGAAUCCGUAGUUGGAGGCCCGAGAUCAUACGGGAACGGAGCAGGAGGAGCGGCGGCGGAGGAUGCAGUGAGGGUGACAAGAAGUAUCAUGAUAGUAAGGCCACCUCCAGUUGACGUUAAAGACUCGCCGCCGGCAUCGCCAGCCGGGUCAACACCUGGCUCUACAACACCUGGCUCUACACCUCCGGUAUCUCCCUUCGCCGGUGCUGGAGGAAGAGAGGCGUAUCGGUUUCGCAGGAAGUCUGCAUCAUUCGCAUACGAGAAAUCCAGCAGUGUUGGACCCAGGAACCCUCCUCCUCCUUAUGACCUGUGAGAUAUGAGGCUUUGCAUUUUCCAUGUUGAGCGGCUAAAAGUAGUCAGAUUUUCAUCUUUGCAGCUUGUCAUGGGGAAUCUUUUAGAUGAAUAGCACUGAGUGUGAAAAGUUUGGUGGCGUGUAAUCAAAAAAUUAAUCUUGUAAAUAUGGGUUAUGGUAGUGUUUGCUGUCUCGGUGUAUGGAGGGCUGGUUAUGCAGACUUCUGUAAAAGCUCAGUUUGAAGUUUGUAAUGUAUCCUGGUCUCUGUAUGCAGAGCUCAGAGUGGUUUGGUUUCUCGCAAAACUGCUAAAUUUCUUCUGUUAUUUCCUUCAUUUUCCGGUGCGCUUGAAUGCCUAUUUGUGUUGUGCAACUUUGGUUGAUAUUGCAGUAAAGCUGUGCUCUCCUUGUACCUGUUUUUCAA